AUGUCCGCUACUGAGACCCAAUCCCAGACUUCUCUCCUCAACAUCGUCCGUUCGGCCGAUAACUUCCCCUCUUUCACCACACCCUACCCUACAAGACACCCCCUAAACGCCAAGAGAUUAAUCCCUUUACAUCUCACUCUCAAAGAUUUCCAAAAUCAUCUUCCGCCCAUUGGCUUAGUCCCCAGCGACUUGUUGAAAGAUCUGAAAAGUGAGAAGGGUCUGCAAUUCUUUACCAUUCUGAAGAAAUUGGAAGGUAAAGAGAAAGAGUUGGCUAAAAAAGCGAAAGACAAGAAGAAGAAUAAAAUCGCCAAACAACAAGAACAAGAACAAGAAAAGCCACAAGAAGAAGAAGGUGUUCCGGAAGGUGAACAGGUAAUCGAAUCAGGUGGUAAAGAUAAGGAAGAAAAGAAAAAACAUAAAGAAGAUUAUAAACUUAUCGUUCUUGCUAUUUUCUUUUCGGACGAAGUGAACAAACAAGGUUUGAAAGCUCGAACGGAAGUCAUGAGUAGAGUGUUGGGGAGAUGGAAAGAUGCAAACAAAUUCCCAGAAGCUAUGAAAUUAUGGAUGAAUGAGCCUUUCCCUAUAUACGCUUCGACCAAAUCGAGCUUGUGGCAACAAUCCAAAGAAAUUCAACAAGAAGCUACGAAACCUUUUGGUAAUGUCGCUUUUGAGAUUGAACGUGCCGCGACGCCCAUCUUGGGUUGUACAGCUUUAGGUGUUCAUAUGACAGCUUACGAAGGUCAAGGUGAUGAGAUGAAAAUCUGGAUUCCUAGAAGAAGUGCCAACAGGAUCAAGUCUCCCUUGAAAUACGAUAGUACUGUUGCCGGUGGUAUUCCAUCUGGCCACAAACCCCUUCAGGCUCUCCUUGUUGAAUGUAAGGAAGAAGCUGGAUGGGAUGAAGGGUUGAUCGAAAAAUAUGUCAGACACGCAGGGAUGAUCUCUUUGUUCCAACUUACCAAAUGGGGAGGACUCGCACCUGACUCCGAUUACGUCUUCGACCUUCCGCUUCCUUCUUCAGAUUCAGCUGACUACAUCAAGCCUAAACCCAAUGACGAAGAAGUAGAGUCCUUCCAGCUCCUUUGUGUUCCAGAAGUGAUCUCCGCCUUGAAGAAAAAUGAAUUCAAGCCGACUUCGGCAGUCGUUACUAUUGAUUUCCUAAUCAGACAUGGAUUUAUCAACCCCGAGAACGAAGCGAAUUACGCUGAGAUCGUUAAGAGGAUUCACAGGAUAACUGGAGUAGCUGGUCCAGGUUAUUAG